UUUAACAUUUUUGUUAUGGAAUAUUCUCACAAAGUCAAGGGAAUUGGGCAGGUUCAACUUCUCAACUAUAUUUUUAAAAUUGUUUUUGCUGUAUUUAUGUUUAUUUGUUUUCAUGCAUAUUAUGUUUUUACUGGCAAAACACCCUGCUGAGAUUGAAAGACUUCUGCACAGUACUGUACAUAAUAUAAUCACAUUAGAUAAUCGAUGUUUGUAUGUGUGCGAUGGAAGAAAUUACUAUUCUCUACCUUAAACUUCAUGGUCAAUUAUUAGCCAAAACACUAAAUUAUUCUACAUACUCUAAAUACUAAAAAUAGCACUAAGAACUGCAUGCUAGUCUUCACAUUUUGACAGUUUGGUGUGUGAUUACCAGCUAUCAAGUAUUAAACUAUCCUACAUUCUUCACCUCAUAUCGGCACAUUUCUUUAACACUGUUGUCUUUAUGUGUCUUUGCCAGUUAAACGUGACAGACAACAUGGGUGAUUUGGGUGUGGUUUCAUAUCUGGCUGAUGCAGAAGGCAAUGUGGUGAUUGGGCCCACAACAUCUGUUCCCACUGCUCUUUUGUCUAAACCUCCAACACCUGCCAAAUCAAAGCAUUCAACCUCCACUACACCUGCUCCACAAACUCCAACCUCCACAGCACCUCUCUCUCCCACUUCACCCAUCCCCACUCCAGAGGAGAAAACCAAGAAGAAAGAGAAGAAGAAAGUGACGCGGAGGAAAGACUCUGUUAUUCUGAAACUACCUGCUGGAGAGACGGAGUCAGUUGAUGCCACAACAUCUCCUGUUACACCUGGAUGGGACACCACACCCAUAAUUCCAGCUCUGCCCAAUACAGACGCAGAGGCAUCAGCAGAAGCAGCAGAAGAGUUGCCUAAAGCGGAAGAGUGAGUGAGAGAGAUACAGAGAGAGAGUGAGAGAGAGUGUGUGUGAGAGAGAGAGAGAGUGAGAGAGAGUCAGACAGUCAAAGAUGAAAAGGAAAACAUAUUGCUGUCUCAAUAACUCCUGUCAUGGCAAGAUUAUAAAAACUAGAGUGUUUAAAUAGAGAAAGUGUUCUGUCAUGCGUGGUGUGUUAAAAUUACUGCCCAAAAUCUCUGUAAAGUGCUCUACACUGUUGUGGAACACAGUCUCUGCUUGUCAGUUUGUAUGGUUUAUAAAUGCAUGACUCAGCUGUAACCUGUCACUGACUUCAUCAUUUAUUCAUGAAUUAUG